GCUGCGGAGUGUCUCAAGAUGGCAAAGAGCGGCAGUGUGUGAACACACCUGUGGAACGGCUGUGUCUGGCUGUCCCUGAAAAAACUGUGAGAUGGUGCACUGUCUCAAACCAUGAGGCCAAUAAGUGCUACAGCUUCCAUGACAACAUGAAUAAUGUCCUUUCAGUGGAUGGUCCUCAUGUCACCUGUGUGAAGAGAACCUCUUACCUUGAGUGCAUCAAGGCCAUUGUGGCAAACAAAGCAGAUGCUGUGACCAUUGAUGGAGGUUUGGUGUUUGAGGCAGGCCUGGCCCCCUACAACCUGAAGCCCGUCGUGGCAGAAUUCUACGGGUCAAAAGAUGAUCCACAAACUCACCAUUAUGUCGUAGCCGUGGUGAAGAAGGGCAGCGAUUUCCAGCUGAACCAGCUCCAAGACAAGAAGUCCUGCCACACAGGCCUGGGAUGGUCUGCUGGGUGGAACAUCCCCAUCGGGAUACUUCUUCCCUCUGACUCGGUUGAAAAAGCAGCGGCUGAGUUCUUCGCGGGCAGCUGCGUCCCCUGUGCGGAUCAGACAGCUUUCCCCAAACUGUGCCAACUGUGUGCGGGGAAGGGGACCGACAAGUGUGCCUGCAACUCCCACGAACCGUACUUCGGCUACUCGGGGGCCUUCAAGUGUCUGCAGGACGGUGUGGGGGACGUGAGCUUCGUGAGGCACAUGACGGUGUUUGAGAACCUGGCUGACAAGGCUGACAGGGACGAGUAUGAGCUGCUCUGCAGGGACAACACCCGGGGGUCUGUGGACAAGUACGAAAGGUGCCACCUGGCCCGGGUCCCUUCCCACACCGUCGUGGCCCGAAGCAUGGGCGGCAAGGAGGACUUGAUCUGGGAGCUUCUCAACCUGGCCCAGGAGAAUUUUGGAAAAGACAAGUCAGCAGAAUUCCAGCUCUUUGGCUCUCCUCAUGGAAAGGACCUGCUGUUUACGGACGCCGCCCUUGGGUUUUUAAGAGUCCCACCUAAGAUGGACGCCAAGCUAUACCUGGGAUACGAGUAUUUUUCUGCCAUCCAGCAUCUAAUCAGUGACCUAGGGGCAGAAGACCCCCAGAGGGUGAUAUGGUGUGCAGUGGGCCAGCACGAGAAGGCCAAGUGUGACGAGUGGAGUGCCCUGAGCGGUGGCAUCUUGAAGUGCACCGCGAAGGAGACCACCGAGGGCUGCAUCGCCGCCGUCGCGAAAGGAGAGGCUGAUGCCAUGAGCUUGGAUGGAGGCUUCAUCUACACAGCGGGCAAGUGUGGUCUGGUGCCUGUCCUGGCAGAGAACUACUUGUCUCAAGAUGGCAAAGAGCAGCUUGGGUCUAAGUGUGUGAACACACCUGUGGAAGGUUAUUACGUCGUGGCAGUGGUCAAGAAGUCAGAUGCUGACCUCACCUGGAACUCUCUGCGAGGCAAGAAGUCCUGCCACACUGCAGUUGGCACUUCUGCAGGCUGGAACAUCCCGAUGGGUUUCAUAUACAACCAAACCGGGUCCUGUAAAUUUGAUGAAUUCUUCAGUCAAAACUGUGCCCCUGGGUCUGAUCCAGCGUCCAGUCUCUGUGCCCUGUGCAACGGCAGCAGCACGCCAGCCCACACGUGUGCUCCCAACAGCCACGAGGCGUACUACGGCUCGAGUGGGGCGCUCAGGCAAGUAGCCUCUGUCCACCACCUUUCACUUUGGCACCAGCCUGGUGAACUUCUUGCCCUUUCACCUUUCUCAUCAUCCCACCAUCUGGGUGCUGCAUUUAGGAGGAGCCAGAAUUAG